AUGUCUCCUCAUCCAGAAACUGGUUUGGCCACAGUGAUUAUGUCUUUUCUUCUAUGCACCUACUAUAAUGUCAUCAUUGCUUGGGCUCUGUAUUACUUAAUCAAUUCUUUUAUGGAUCCUUUACCUUGGGAGGGUUGCAAUAAUGAUUGGAAUUCUGAGCUUUGCUGGAAUGGGACCAAAUUUAAUAGCUCUCAGAACCAAGAAGAGACAAAUAAAACAAGCGCCCCGCAAGAAUUUUACGACAACCACUUGUUACAGAUGACGAAAGGAGUCGAAGAUUUUGGCACGAUGCGCUGGGAACUCCUCGAUUGCCUCGCAGUUGCAUGGAUUCUCGUCUACUUUUGUCUGUGGAAAGGCAUCAAGUCAUCAGGGAAAGUUGUGUACGUUACAGCUACUUUGCCAUACCUGUUUAUAGGGGCAUUUAUUGUCAGAGCUCUCACGUUGCCAGGAUCUGAAUUAAGUCUCGUUUACUUCUUUUCCCCAAAAUGGGAAACACUUCUAGAAGCCAAAGUUUGGGUUAACGCAGCUGCUCAAAAUUUCAAUUCUAUUGGGAUUGCGUUUGGCUCCCUGAUGGCGUUCUCCAGCUAUAACCGUUUCGACAAUCGACUGAUGCGUGAUACUCUGAUUAUUUCGCUUACUGACGCCGUUACCUGCAUUUUAGCUGGCAUAUGUGUGUUUGGAACACUAGGAAAUUUAGCCUUUGAACAAGGCAAAAGCGUGGACGAAGUUGUUAGUAGCGGACCUGGGCUUGUUUUCGUCGCCUAUCCCGCCGCAUUGUCUAAAAUGCCCUUUCCUCAAGUAUGGUCGGUCAUUUUCUUUUCAAUGUUGCUAUGCCUUGGAAUUGACAGUCAGUUUGCCACGGUCGAAGUAAUUAUAACUUCAAUUAAAGAUGCCUAUGGCCGAUGGAUACGCCUUCAUUUAAAACGUCACGAAGUUCUAGUGCUAUUGGUAUGCUUUGUGUCGUUCAUAUGCGGGCUGCCAAACGUCAUGCAAGGUGGAAUCUACUUCUUUACCCUGAUUGAUUACUAUGCCGCCGCUAUUUCUUUGAUGUAUAUUGCGUUCUUCGAAGUAAUCGCAAUUGUAUGGGUAUACGGUGCUAAUCGUUUGGCCCGCAACGUACGGGAUAUGACAGGCGAACUACCGAACUACUAUAUAAGAGGGUGCUGGAUGGUUGCCGCCCCCUGCCUCAUUAUGGCCAUAUGGAUUUUUAGCCUUGCUGACUAUGAAGCUCCAACAUAUAACAAAGGGCAAUAUAUAUUUCCAGGAUGGAGUAUAGGAAUGGGUUGGGCCAUUUCUUGCCUGUCUUUAUUAGCCAUUCCUAUAUUAGCAGUUACUGCAAUUGUUAAAGCAAAAGGCAACAACAUAGUCCAGAAAUUGAAGGCAUCCAUCAAAUCUCCUAUUCGUGAAUGCCCUUGCUGUGGAAAAAUGUUGAACAAGCAACAUGAAGCUCAUCAUGGAACUGCAGCAAACAAUCCAGACAAUGAGAUUUGUUUGGUGCAGCUAACCUCAGACUGACAGUGGAUGUUUCGUUUUCUAAUAAUGUCGUAAUUGUUUCCACUAUGACCUCGUUGCGUCCGUAUUCGUCUCUUACCCUUCGUCCUGACCGCAUUUAUGUCGUACCUGCUCUAGAAAAACGACCUCCAAAGUUGUUCGUAACUGUCACAAAAUUCAAGUAAGUUGAAACGUUGCGUGAACUCCUCACUGUCGAAUUAUAGUGCACACCUCAAUACAUUCAGAUAUGGAGA